AUGGCGUUUCGUGCCUCCCUCGGGCGAGCCCUCUUGACCCGUCCCGCCGCUCGGAGCUUCCAUUCCUCACCGCGAGCCUGCGUCAAGGUCGGCGACCAGGUGCCUAGCUUUGACGGCCUCUUCGAGAAUUCACCCGGCAACAAGCUCAACCUGGCCGACGAGCUCCAAAAGGCCGACGGAUACAUUGUGGGCGUGCCGGGCGCCUUUACCGGAACCUGCUCGAGCCAGCACAUACCGUCCUACAUCAACCACCCCAAGCUGAAGAAGGCGGGCCAGAUCUUUGUCGUUUCCGUCAACGACCCCUUUGUCAUGAAGGCAUGGGCCGAACAGCUAGAUCCCGCUGGCGAGACUGGCAUCCGGUUCAUCGCCGACCCGACUGCGGGCUUUACCAAAGCCCUCGACCUUGGCUUUGACGGAACGGCCAUCUUCGGCGGCGUGCGCAGCCAGCGCUAUGCCUUGAAGAUUGAGAAUGGCAAGGUGUCAAAGACGCACAUUGAGCCGGACGGGACAGGCGCUGAUGUCUCCAUGGCCGACAAGGUACUGGAUUAG